ACGUGACUCGCUGGCUCCGCUUCUUGACAGUCGCUGGCGGUGCUCAGCUGGAAAACAGAUUGCACCUUUUCUCUCUCAAAAAAUGAUCUAAAAAGGCGGAUUUCCCUCCUCCCCCCAAACCUUACCCUUCUGUCCAAUGUGUCGAAUUAUUUCAGAGAGGACCCGGGGGGAGAUCAUUUAAGGAGCAGAACCUUAAACACUUUUUUGGCUGAAUUUUGACAGUAUUAUCGGCUUUUGGGGGUGUAGGGGCGCAUUUUUCCUCCUCUCCUUCCCGUCUUUUCAUCUUCCCCGUUCAGUGAUGCAGUGAUUCCAGCACCGGGAGACAACAUAAUCUAUGAAGAAGGGUCCUUCGCAAGGUGGAUGGGGCGAACGCGGCGAGAUGAUGGUUUUCUAGAGAUCGCCGGUCAUGAUGUUGAAAGGACAGUGAGCGUCGGGAACAGAGAUCGGAGGCCGGCCUCUCCCCGCACCAGCAAUGACUCCUGACGUCCGCUUCAGCUCGAGGGACCGAAUUUAAGGAUCGGCGCCGUCCACCCCCCCUCCGCGCGGGGUGCACUUUGGCAUUUCAGUUUGGCUCCGAACCUAGGAACUUCAUCAUGUUGAGGCAGAACAGGGAUACAUAACCGAUGGAUGUACUAAUUAAUAGGUCUAGGCUGUAGAUUGUUUGUAAUUGGAUUAUGCAAAAAGAGUGAGGCAGACAAGGAUAAACAGAGGAUAAAUAGAUGAGUAUAUACCACAUAACUGUUUAAUUAUAUAUUUUUCUGGAGGGUACAAGGCCUCAUUGUGAAGGUAUAUGUAUCAGGUGAAAGGGUGUCGCACGCGGCGACAUAUUUUGGGAUGGCAGAUUAUCAGUCCCGUAGACUGCAGUAAGAAUGCAAGGCAGAUCUUUAACUGAGAGAGUUUACCAAACGUCCGUGCCAAUCAUUCUAUUUUCGUAAUCAUAUCGUUUACUACAGGGGAUAACUUUUAAAUUAGCAUACCUUUAAAUAUCAUAACGCAUAGCCUAUUUUUUCAUGAAAACGUUUGCAGCCCACAUCUCCACCCGUUUGUACAACAUGGGGCUGGCGAUGAGAAAUGGCGCCCACUUAAUUUGGGUUGGCCUGCUCCUGUGUUGCCUGGUGGACCUGGGCGCCAGCUUGGAGUUCACGGGAGCGGAGGGGCAGUGGGCCAGGUUUCCGGUGUGGAACGCAUGCUGCGAGAGCGAGAUGAGCUUCAACAUGAAGACCAAGAGCGCCCACGGGCUGCUGGUCUACUUCGACGACGAGGGCUUCUGCGAUUUCCUGGAGCUGCUCAUCCACAACGGCCGGCUGAGCCUGCGCUUCUCCAUCUUCUGCGCCGAACCAGCGACUGUGCUGUCGGACACGGCCGUCAACGACAGCCGUUGGCACUCCGUCGCCAUCAGGAGAAACUUCAAGAACACCACGCUGGUGGUGGACAAAGAGGUCAAGUGGGUGGAGGUGAAGUCCAAGAGAAGGGACAUGACUGUGUUUAGUCACUUGUUUUUAGGCGGGAUACCCCCUGAACUUCGAUCCGUGGCGCUGCGGCUGACCUCGGCGGCGGUGAAGGACCAGGUUCCCUAUGUGGGCUGGAUAACCGACUUGAAAGUGAACAAUUCGGUGCCGGUGCUCUUAGGCGGAGAAGGGAUCAAAAACGAUCUAUGCGGAACGGACAACAUGUGUUUGAACGGAGGAGUGUGCAGCGUUAUCAACGACGAGGCAAUAUGCGACUGCUCUCAGACUGGGUACCAGGGCAAAGACUGCAGCGAGGAAGACUUCUAUGUUGGAGGUCUGGCGCACCUGAUGAUGGGCGACCAAGGGAAGGAAGAGUACGUUGCCACCUUCAAGGGAUCGGAGUACUUCUGCUACGACCUGUCGCUGAACCCGAUCCAGAGCAGCAGCGACGAGAUCACCCUCUCGUUCAAGACGCUGCAGCGCAACGGCCUGAUGCUGCACACGGGCAAAUCGGCCGACUACGUCAACCUGGCGCUGAAAAACGGCGCCGUGUCGCUCGUCAUUAACCUGGGCUCGGGGGCCUUCGAGGCGCUGGUGGAGCCUGUCAAUGGGAAAUUUAAUGACAAUGAUUGGCAUGAUGUCAAAGUAACGAGGAAUCUCCGUCAGCACUCAGGCAUUGGACACGCUAUGGUAACAAUAUCCGUGGAUGGAAUUCUGACCACCACGGGAUAUACACAAGAGGACUACACCAUGCUAGGCUCCGAUGACUUUUUCUAUGUCGGAGGCAGCCCUAGCACGGCCGACCUGCCGGGAUCGCCCGUUAGCAACAACUUUAUGGGCUGCCUGAAGGAGGUCGUUUACAAGAACAAUGAUGUGAGGCUGGAGCUGUCCCGGCUGGCCAAGCAGGGCGACGCCAAGAUGAAGGUGCACGGGGUGGUGGCCUUCAAAUGCGAGAACGUGGCCACGCUGGACCCCAUCACCUUCGAGACGCCUGAGUCCUACAUCACGCUAAGCAAGUGGAACGCCAAGAAGACGGGCUCCAUCUCACUGGACUUCCGCACCACUGAGCCCAACGGCCUGCUGCUCUUCAGCCACGGCAAGCCCAAGCGGCAGAAGGACGCCCGCGGCCCGCAGACGCUGCGUGUCGACUUCUUUGCCAUCGAGAUGCUGGACGGACACCUCUACCUGCUGCUGGACAUGGGCUCCGGCACCACCAAGACCCGUGCCGUCAACAAGAAGGUCAACGACGGGGAGUGGUACCACGUGGACUUCCAGAGGGACGGGAGAUCAGGCACCAUCUCCAUUAACACGAUCCGCACAGCCUACACGGCGCCAGGGGAGAGUGAGAUCCUGGACCUGGAUGACAAUCUGUACCUGGGGGGCCUGCCGGAGGACAAGGCCGGGCUGGUGUUCCCCACGGAGGUGUGGACGGCGCUGCUGAACUACGGCUACGUGGGCUGCGUGCGCGACCUGUUCGUGGACGGCCAGAGCAAGGACGUGCGGCGCAUGGCCGAGGCGCAGAAGGCCGCCGGCGUCAAGCCCUCCUGCUCCAAAGAGCCGCCCAAGCAGUGCCUGAGCAACCCGUGUCAGAACAGCGGCGUGUGCCGCGAGGGCUGGAACCGCUACGUCUGCGACUGCUCCGGGACCGGCUACCUGGGCCGCUCCUGCGAGAGAGACGCCACCAUCCUUAGCUUCGACGGCAGUAAGUUCAUGAAGAUCCAGCUGCCGGUGGUGAUGCACACGGAGGCGGAGGACGUGUCCCUGCGUUUCCGGUCACAGCGGGCCUAUGGGGUCCUGAUGGCCACCACGUCCCGGGAGUCCGCCGACACCCUGCGGCUGGAGCUGGACGCUGGCCGUGUCCGGCUCACUGUCAACCUAGACUGUGUCAGGAUUAACUGUACCUCCAGUAAGGGUCCCGAGACCAUUUUUGCGGGGCACAAUCUGAACGAUAACGAGUGGCACACGGUGCGGGUGGUGCGGAGGGGGCGGAGCCUGAAGCUGACGGUGGACGAGCUGCAGCCAGCCGAAGGCCAAAUGGCGGGCGACCACACCCAGCUGGAGUUCCACAAUGUGGAGACCGGCAUUGUGACGGAGAAGCGGCACAUACAGGCGGUUCCGUCCAACUUCAUCGGCCACCUGCAGAGCCUGUCCUUCAACGGCAUGGCCUACAUCGACCUCUGCAAGAACGGCGACAUUGACUACUGCGAGCUCAAUGCCAUGAUCGGCUUCAAGAACAUCAUAGCCGACCCCGUCACCUUCAAGUCCCGCUCCAGCUACGUCACGUUGGCCACGCUGCAGGCCUACUACUCCAUGCACCUCUUCUUCCAGUUCAAAACCACCUCCUCUGACGGCCUCGUCCUCUACAACAGCGGUGACGGCAACGACUUCAUCGUGGUGGAGCUGGUCAAGGGCUACCUGCACUAUGUAUCCGACCUGGGCAACGGCGCUCACCUGAUCAAGGGGAACUCUAACAAGCCACUAAACGACAACCACUGGCACAACGUCAUGAUCUCCCGCGACACCAACAACCUCCACACCGUCAAGAUCGACACCAAGAUCACCACCCAGACCACCAUGGGGGCCAAGAACCUGGAUCUGAAAGGCGACCUGUACGUCGGUGGCGUUGCCAAGGAGAUGUACAAGGACCUGCCCAAGCUGGUCCACGCCAAGGAGGGCUUCCAGGGCUGCCUGGCAUCAGUGGACCUGAACGGACGACUCCCCGACCUGCUGUCCGAUGCCCUCACCUGGGUGGGGCAGAUUGAGAGGGGCUGCGAAGUUGCAUUGAUGAAAGCUGACUUGCAAGGCCCCAGCACCACCUGCCAGGAGGACUCCUGCUCCAAUCAGGGUGUGUGCCUGCAGCAGUGGGAGGGCUUUAGCUGUGACUGCAGCAUGACGUCAUUCGGUGGGCCUCUCUGCAACGAUGCGGGAACCACGUACAUUUUCGGCAGGGAUGGCGGACUCAUCGUGUACACAUGGCCGCCGAACGACCGGCCCAGCACAAGGGCGGACCGGCUGGCUGUCGGCUUCAGCACGCAGCUCAAGGAUGCGGUUCUGGUGCGGGUGGACAGCUCCUCUGGGCUUGGAGACUACCUGGAGCUACAUAUUGAGAAGGGCAAUGUUGGGGUGGUGUUCAACGUCGGGACAGACGACAUCAACAUCGAAGAGACCACAAAGUUUGUAAAUGACGGAAAGUACCAUAUCGUGCGAUUUACGCGGAGUGGCGGAAACGCCACCCUGCAGGUGGAUGACCUACCUGUCAUUGAGCGCUACCCUGCAGGCAACAAUGAUAACGAACGCCUGGCGAUUGCUAGACAGCGAAUCCCAUAUCGGAUUGGUCGAGUAGUUGACGAAUGGCUACUCGACAAAGGGAGGCAGCUCACCAUCUUCAACAGCCAAACCACCAUUAAGAUCGGGGGCCGGGACCGUAGCCGGCCCUUCCAGGGCCAGCUGUCGGGGCUCUACUACAACGGGCUGAAGGUGCUGAACAUGGCAGUGGAGGGGGACCCCAACGUCAGGGUGGAAGGCAGCGUGCGUCUGGUGGGCGACCCCCCCUCCUCCAUCACGCCCCACUCCAGCGCCACGGCCAACCGCUCUGAGACCUCCACCUCCGUCGCCGGCGUCACCACGACAACCGCUUCCGACCGGCGCGGGAAGCAGCCGGGACCCCGGGAGCCGCAGCAGCCCACAGACGACCUGCUGGUGGCUUCGGCAGAGUGUCCCACUGAUGACGAGGACAUUGAUCCCUGUGAGACGAGCUCAGGUGGGUUAGCGAACUCUCCCGGCCCGGGCGCCAAGGGCUUCCCCGGCCCAUCGGAGGUGAUCCGGGAGUCCAGCAGCACCACGGGCAUGGUGGUGGGCAUCGUGGCGGCCGCCGCCCUGUGCAUCCUCAUCCUCCUCUACGCCAUGUACAAGUACCGCAACCGCGACGAAGGCUCCUACCAUGUGGACGAGAGCCGCAACUACAUAAGCAACUCCGCCCAGUCCAACGGCGCCGUGGUGAAGGAGAAGCAGUCCAACAGCGCCAAGAUCUCCAGCAAGAACAAGAAGAACAAGGACAAGGAGUACUAUGUCUGAUCCACCCCCUCGCCCCUCCCUCGAACCCGGGGCCUGCCCGAAACCUGGCGAGUGGCUCGAGGGGCCCGAGGUGGAUCCAUUUGUGUAUAGUCAUAAAACAGAGCAGACACGAUAUAUUAUGAUUAAAAAAAUUGAAAUCCAGUUUACUACUUUCUAAUCAAGCACAUCGGCCCAUUCAGUAUGUACAGAGAGGAGCUGAAUGGUGCGGAGAAUGAGACCAGCCAAAAAAAAAAAACAAAGAGAGAGAAAAAAACGUGAAAUCCAAUACAAACAGAGCAGAACAAAUUUCAAUUAAAUACUUUACUUUAAGUGUGCAGAAAUCCUAAGCGACUGUACCAGAAGCGUGAAAGGAGGGAGAUUCUCCAUCCUUGCACUUCUGGGAAAUGGGGGUGGUUUAUCAGGCUCGGGGGAGUGGGCGAGUG